AUGAACAUCUCGUCCGAGUGCUGCGUGUUCCAGACGCCGCGCCUCAACCAGGUGAUGCCUCCGGUUCUGGUCCUGGAGGUGGUCUUGGGUUUGUCUGGGAACUCUGUGGCUCUAUUGAUGUUCAUGUACCACAUGGACAAGUGGAGGCCCAGCGCCGUCUUCCUGACCCAGCUUGCUGUGGCCGACACCAUGGUGCUGUUCUGCCUCCCCUUCAGAGCCCACUACUACUGGCAAGGAAAGGACUGGGUCUUGGGCGACGCCGCCUGUCGGGUCCUUCUCUUCCUGCUGGCAGCCAACAGGGCUGCCGGCAUCUUCUUCCUUACCGCCGUCACCGUGGACCGCUACUGCAAGAUUGUUCACCCUCUGAACCGGAUCAACCUGCUUGGAGCCGGCUACGCAGUGGGGGUCUCUGUCUUCCUCUGGGCUGUGGUGCUGCUGGCCACGGGCCACCUCCUGGCCGAGCAGCAGUUUCUCAGCAGCGACAACCGGAUGCAAUGCGAGAGCUUCAACAUCUGCAUGGGCCCAAAUGCUCUGUCCACCUGGCACAGCGUCUUCUUUGUGGUCCACUUUGUCCUGCCCACAGCCAUCGUGGCCUUCUGCACUGUCCGGAUCACGUGGCAACUCUGCAGCAGACCGGCGGGCCACAGGCGGAAGAUCAAGCGGGCCGUCCACUUUGUCCUGGCUGUGGCCCUGGUCUUCAUUGUCUGCUUCCUCCCGAGCUCCGCAUCCCGUAUUGCUAUCUGGGUCCUCAAGGUCUGGUACCAGCACUGCCGGUACUUUGAGGGGGCCAACCUUGCCUUCUACACCUCCAUCUGCCUGACCUACUUCCACAGCGUCCUCAACCCCCUGGUCUACUACUUCGCCACGCCAGCCUUCAGCGGGAUCUUCCGGAAGCUGUGGGACAAACUGCUGAGGAGAGAAGCGGCGGCGCGCCGGACCGUUUACGUGCUUCAAGGAGUACGGCUCUAGAGUCCGACCCUCAUGAACCGCCGUGGUUCUGCUGACGGUCCGAGAUCCCGGGACACCGGGUGUUGGAUGGCGAGGCAGCGUGU